AUGCAUAUAAUUUUUCUGCAUUGGGUACCCUGUGUUAAUAGCAUAUUCAAAAUGGCGGACGAGUUGGUGUGAUGAAGCGAUGAAAACGUUGCUGCUUUAUUUCCGCUGUAUACUGCGGCCCAUGUCGCUGUGAUGUACCGAUUGAUAACUCUUGAUGCCACAAACACAUUAUUUAGAGUUCGAGGAUCCGUUGGCUAUCAGUACGCGAAAUCUGCCAUGGACCAACUCGGCUAUCAACUGAGCGCUGCAAACAUUGAUAAGGAAUUCCGGAAAGCUUACAAAAUGUACUGGACCAAAUACCCAAAUUUUGGCGCAGCUCAUAGAAUCACAAGCAAACAGUGGUGGGAAAAGGUUGUAAGAAAAACAUUCGACGGGAAUAUUCACUCUGAAGAAAUUGAAGCGUUUUCGGUGCAUCUGUACAACCACUUCGCCACUGGAGAUCCAUGGGAAGUAUUCCCGGAAGUUAUGCACGUUUUAACACAACUAAAGGGUGAAGAAGUCACUCUAGGAGUGAUUUCAAACUUUGAUGAGAGACUCGAGCAGAUACUAGAUAGUCUGAAGUUGAGGGAGUUCUUUUCUUUUAUUUUAACUUCAAGAAAAGUUGAUGUUUGUAAACCAUCACCAGAGAUAUUUAGACUUGCUUUAAAAAUGUCAGGAGUUCAUUCAAAGGAAGCUUUGCAUGUCGGGGAUAAUUUAGAGCUAGAUGUUUUAGGGGCUUCUUCUGCCGGCUUUUCCAGUUUGCUGCUAAAUAGACAGGACAGCAGUCACAAGCAUGUCCUAGAGAAUUUUAAGGUGAUCCCAAAUUUGAAGGCUUUGAUAAAGUAAUAGAGAGGUGAAAGGGAGUUUUGCUUUAAAAAAAUGAAUGACCGUUUAUGAUAGGGUACAAAAGGAUUUAGCUUUCAAGCUUUCAAGAUUGUUAACAGGUUUUAGUAUGAGGCACAGUGGCAACGUCACAUACAAUGCUUUUUUUUGCUAUAUUCUACUAAUUCCUUAAAUCUCCAAAACUAACUUAUUGUGUAGGUAUUUUUUUAUUCAUAGAUCAGCCAAUUGGAAAAUGCUUUUUCCAAUCAGGGGAAAAAGAUAAACCGAUUAAAUAAUAUAUAUUAAGGAACAUCAGUAAAAGGCAUAUAUCAAGUAUA